CGCGGAGAUGCUGUGCUCGGAAUCCGGAUGGGCAAUCGAUAGCCGGGGUUUCUGGACUUUCCUCGACGUUUCUGAGCUUUCCUCAGUGAGUUCUUCCUCAGUUCCUCGAACCUCUACACACAAUUUCUAAUCCAGUCGAUCCUUUAAUCGAACUUAUGGGUACUCCUGCGUCACCAAAUCUCGACGACUACUCAGCCGCUUCUACAGUCAUCACGUUCGAGCGCCCGCUCCCCUUGCUCCGUGGUCCCAUCCAUGCCGGCCCCGCCGACGAUCCCACUGCCGGGCCCUACCUCCUCGCAUUCCGGGACUCCCGAGCCUGGACCUCCGCGCUCCAAGCCUGCCAGUCCAAAAUCGUCCAGCAGUGCGAAAGCGGGGCAAGAGUCGGGUGCGCCCUCGCGGCGUCCGACAAAUGCAAACCCCCCUGGUGGCACGCAGUGAUCGGCCGGAAACCGACGGAUCUAAGAGAACGAGAUCGGUGCGAAGAGCGAGAAAUGGAGGGUUGUUUCGUGAUGGCGAAGGACAAGUGCAUCGGGUUCGCCAGGGACAAGUGCGCGACGCCUUUCCGAGAUGCGCGGAUUGCCGUCAGGGAAAGGCGGGUGAUUCCGAAGGACCUUAGGAAGUUAAUUUAUUUGGCGUCGGUCCUGGAUAGGAGUACGUGGGUUGAUCUGAUUCUAUUGGAUCAAUUGAAUUCGCGGGCUUUAGCUCCAACGAAUUAUAGGGCGAGCGAAUUGCUCGGCUCUGAUCCUGAAUGUUUUGAAGUAGGUGGUGGCGGAAAAAUCAGAAACGCUGCUCUUGAAGCUGGUCUGCCGCAAAGGAACUGAAAAUGAAUUAGCAGCCAACCUAUAAGCACGAAGCUUGUUGCCUCUAUAGUUCUCCACUUUUUUGCGGCAUUAGAUUCCAGAAGGUGUUGGAGGAAGGUGCCAGGAAGUUGAUGGGACAUGCAAUCCACAGAUUCCGGCCCCCCUUGGACUCGGUCUACCAGCAACGGAAAUUACAAGGAAGCAAUCGUUCGAAUUAUGCUAAUUAUGGCUCGUUGCUGCUCGAUACCAUCAAUACUUCUACCAUCAUAAUUAGAGCCCAGAAGCGGUGGCGCAUAGCAAUCUGUUCCAUCCGCUUUGUGGUGUCCCUUGCCAGAGAAAUCAAUUCUCAAUUUUACUCUACCCUUGCCAUUCAACCAAGCUGCUCCCAGUACGGUGGAACUAGUUGUGAAUUGCACCAAGACCUGAUCACUUCUACAGAUAUAACCAAAGCUCAAAAGCGGUGGCGCAUUGCUUGUCUUGUGAUCGGUUCUAUCCGGUUCAUGGUUUCCCUUACUAGAGAGAUCCAAACUGAACAGAACAGUCAUGAUUCUGUGAUUUUGAAGUCUCCCUUUCACACCGCCCCCAAAGUUGAACCUAGCAGCUCCAACCAUGGUGAAAAUGAAUGUUUGCCAGAUUCCUUGUACCCCACCAUUGAUCAAUUGGCUCUCACUGAAAUUGUGAAAGAAAAAGAUUUAACAGCGCUUCUCAGGCUUGGAGGCGUAGGAAAGAUCGCUGCUGCUCUCUAUACUGACCCUGAGAAUGGAAUAUAUGGCAAUGAUCAUGAAAUCAGCAGGCGGCAUGAAAUGUUUGGUACAAACACUUACCGCAGGCCUCCUCCAAAAGGGUUCUUAUUUUUUGUGCUGGAGGCUUUCAAAGACACCACCAUUCUCAUCCUACUGGUCUGUGCAACCCUGUCCCUUGGUUUUGGCAUCAAAACACAUGGAGUGCAGGAUGGCUGGUAUGAAGGGGGAAGCAUUUUCGUAGCAGUCUUUCUAGUGGUGGUUGUCUCUGCCCUCAGUAACUUCAGACAGGAGAGGCAAUUUGAUAAAUUAUCAAAACUAAGCAACAACAUAAAAGUUGAUGUUCUUAGAGAUGCACGUCGCCACAAGAUCUCCAUCUUUGACAUUGUGGUUGGAGAUGUCAUCUUCCUGAAUAUAGGCGAUCAGAUUCCAGCUGACGGAUUGUUUUUAGACGGACAUUCUUUGCUGAUAAAUGAGUCAAGCAUGACAGGUGAGAGUGAUCCUGUUGAAGUAAACUCCACUGAGAACCCAUUCUUGUUCUCCGGUUCUAAGGUGGCAGAUGGGUAUGGCCGAAUGCUGGUUACAUCUGUUGGCAUGAACACUGCAUGGGGUGAAAUGAUGAGCUCAAUAUCUGGUGAUUCCAAUGAAAGGACUCCAUUACAAGCAAGGUUAGACAAAUUAACCUCUUCUAUUGGCAAGAUAGGCCUUGUAGUUGCUUUUUUAGUUCUUGUAGUCUUGUUAAUCCGUUAUUUUACCGGGAACACACAAGAUAAGAAUGGAAAAAAAGAAUACAAUGGUAGCCAAACAGAUUUAGAUGAUGUAUUCAAUGCGGUUGUGCGCAUUGUUGCUGCUGCAGUCACCAUUGUGGUAGUGGCAAUUCCUGAAGGUUUGCCAUUGGCUGUCACGCUAACACUUGCUUACUCCAUGAAGAGAAUGAUGGCUGAUCAGGCAAUGGUCAGAAAACUUUCUGCCUGCGAAACAAUGGGUUCAGCAACAAUUAUCUGCACAGAUAAAACUGGUACUUUGACAUUGAAUGAGAUGAAAGUGUCCAAGUUUUGGCUUGGUCAAGAUUCCAUCGAAGAAGAUUCUACACUUGUAGAUGCAGCAAAUGUUGUUUCAUUAUUACACCAAGGAGUCGGUUUGAACACAACUGGAACUGUCUACAUACCUGCAUCAGGAUCUGGACCUGAAAUUUCUGGCAGUCCAACUGAGAAAGCACUUCUCUCUUGGGCGAUUUUGCAAUUGGGUAUGGAUGUGGAAAAGCUAAAGCAAGGGUAUAGAAUUCUUCACGUCGAAACCUUCAACUCUGACAAGAAACGGAGUGGGGUUGCAAUAAGGAAAAGUGCUGAUAACACCAUCCAUGUGCACUGGAAAGGAGCUGCUGAGAUAAUCCUAGCAAUGUGUUCAAGCUAUUGUGAAAGUAGUGGGAUCACGAAGUCCCUAGAUGGAGAUAGGUUUAAGAUUGAGAAAAUAAUCCAAGGCAUGGCUGCUAGCAGCCUCCGAUGUAUUGCUUUUGCUCAUAAGGAAAUAUCAGAAGAAGAGAUGGGAUGCCACAAGGAUGAAAGCAAGCACCAACUACGAAAAGAAGGCUUAACCUUGCUAGGGAUUGUUGGUCUCAAGGAUCCAUGCCGACCAGGUGUCAAGAAGGCGGUGGAAACUUGCAGACUCGCUGGAGUGGACAUCAAAAUGAUCACAGGAGACAAUGUUUUCACAGCAAAAGCUAUAGCUACAGAAUGCGGUAUACUAGACCCUAAUCACCAAGUAAAUGGUAACGAAGUGGUAAGUGGUGCUGACUUUCGAAAUUAUACGCACGAAGAGAGAAUGGAGAAAGUCGAGAUGAUCCGUGUGAUGGCAAGGUCGUCCCCAUUUGACAAGCUUCUGAUGGUACAGUGCUUGAAACAAAAAGGCCAUGUGGUUGCAGUCACUGGAGAUGGCACGAAUGAUGCGCCUGCAUUGAAAGAAGCUGAUAUAGGGCUUUCCAUGGGCAUUCAAGGUACCGAAGUGGCGAAGGAGAGCUCGGAUAUUGUUAUCUUGGAUGAUGACUUCACUUCUGUUGCCACAGUUUUACGUUGGGGACGUUGUGUUUAUAAUAACAUCCAGAAGUUUAUCCAGUUUCAAUUGACAGUGAAUGUGGCAGCUCUUGUUAUAAACUUUAUUGCAGCAGUUUCUGCAGGAAAGGUUCCCCUAACAGCAGUCCAGUUGUUGUGGGUAAAUCUCAUCAUGGACACACUAGGAGCUUUGGCUCUUGCUACAGAACGGCCUACUGAUGAGUUAAUGCAGAGGUCCCCUGUCGGUCGAACAGCACCUCUAAUAACAAAUAUCAUGUGGAGAAACCUCUUAGCGCAAGCCUUGUUCCAAAUAUCAGUCCUCUUGACUUUACAGUUCAAGGGUGAGUCUAUAUUCAAUGUUAACGAGGAGGUAAAGGAUACACUUAUUUUCAAUACAUUUGUUCUCUGCCAAGUUUUUAACGAGUUCAAUUCAAGAAGCAUGGAAAAGCAAAAUGUUUUCAAGGGAAUUCAUAAAAACCGUUUAUUUCUUGGAAUUGUGGGAAUUACAAUUAUUCUUCAAGUUGUUAUGGUGGAAUUUCUAAAGAAGUUUGCAAAUACAGUAAGAUUGAAUGGGUUGCAGUGGGGAGUUUGCAUUGCAAUUGGAGCUCUAUCUUGGCCAAUUGGUUGGAUGGUGAAGUUAAUAACUGUUCCAGAUAAACCGUUCCUCAAUUACGUUAAGAGAGCAGCAGCUAGAAUGAAGAGGAUAUUGCGGUUGUUUAAUCAAAUGGGACCCUCUUCCUCUAGGCUUGGAAUUGGAUGUGGGGAAAGCCGGUUUCAAGCUCCAGAUCGAUGACCUAAAUUGAGCUCCAGACAGCUGAUCCCAAGCAUUGAGUUGACAAUUGACACAAACUUAGUGACGGAAUAAAAAAUAUUUAUGCAUGUCCAGAUGGUUAGUAUAUGGUAAAGACGAGUAGACUUUCAAGCACCCAAAACCACAUACGUGAUCAGAAGUAGAGCUAAAUUUCGACCAUAAGUGCGAGAGCAACCUCUCUUUAUUGUUUGUGAAACAUCAAGUCUUGAAGCAGUUUAGGUGGACGAAAUUACUCGAACAAUGACCGACUAUAGACAAGUCAACUAUGAUGGAUUGAGAUUAUAUCGAAUUCAUUAUCUAUAUAAAAAGUUUCUCUCCAAUUCUUUAUACAAACUGCGGUUAUACACAGCUGCCACACUGGUCGGGGACCCAGCACAGACAGCAUUACUAAGUUGAUGAUCCACCAAGGUGUUUCAACCACAUGAUUGGUGAUAAGAAAACUACUAAGUUUGUCCAAGUGCAGCAAGUUAGUGAUGAUGACCAAUUUUUCGAAUUUGCUCAUCACUCAGGCGAACAACAUGAGUGAUGCUUGUGUGUAAUUUAGAGAGAAUGAGUACGGUGUUUGUGGCUGUAAUGUGUGAAUGUUUCGAGUUUUGAAGUUACUCUUCUAUGGUAUCUACAUUAUCAAGUUCUUGUGGAUUCGUGAGUAGCAAGUUUGGUGUGGUUUGUAAUUUGUACGUGUGUUGACUUAGAUUAUAUGAUUGUUUUACCAUGUAUUUUUUGCA